AUGAAAUUCUACGUGAUUUCUGCUAUUCUCGUCUUCCGCAUCGUCGAUGCCAAAGAGGUAAGUUGUUUUGAAAUAGGUUUUAGUGUUAUUAAAAAUCAAAAGCUUAAAAAAGAACAGCUUGUCUGAAAAAAAGCUUGAAAAAGCUUUCCUUUUUUUUUCAAAUCUGAACCAGCAAACUAUAUUGAGAUUGGUUACCCAAGAAACUGAAGUUCAAGCUUUUCUUCAAUAAAUAAAUAUUUAUGAUGUUAAAAUCUUCAAGAGGCUAAACAUACUUUUGGAUAUAUUGAGCGUAGUUCAUGAUGAAAUAAUUCCUAGGGAGUUCCGGUUAAUGCUACCGUAAGCAUGACCAUCAGCCCAUCUUCAAACACGACGACAUCCGCAAUCGAUCGUAGUGAGCCGAUCAUAGAAGUGAAGCGUGCGAUUGAAGAAAAAGAAUUAGUAGAGAAGAACAAGAUCGACGAGGUCAAGGAGGAACUCGACAAAGCUGUGAGUGCUGAAACUUUUCAGAAACCGGAGCCAUCUCGGCAAAAAUGUGGUCUUCAAUCAAAAAUAAUUUCAGAGCCGAUUUAAUAUAAUUAAUCAAAAAUUAGAUAUAGUCAAUGUUCCCCGACUUGAAAGGCGAGGAAGGCGGGGCAGGGGGCGUGACGCGUAGCGUGUGCGUUCGCGGUCUUUGACACGUGUUCAAUUCAACCGCCAUCGACUCUUUGAAAAUCCCGUUUUUCGCUCUUUUCAUUCCUUUUUCAAUUAUUUAUUGAUUAUGUUAAUGUGUGCAUCAAAAAAUAGUAGAAAACAUUGAAAAAGACCGGUUGCCGAGCUUUUUGAAUAGUCGGUGGCAAUUGAACUGAACACGUGCCAGGGACCGCGAACGAACACGCUACGCGUCCCGCCCCUUGCCCCGCCCCCUCGCUUUUAAAAAUCGGGAAACAUUGACUAUACGACAGGAUCCGAAAAUGUGGCAGCUUUUUCGGAGCUUGUUCAUUUCGAAAUCAAACCUGAUCAUUACGGUCAAUUUUUGCCACUAGAAAAUCUGGACUCACAUUUCCACUGAGUCAAGCGUUGUAAAAAUUCAAUAAGUACGUUUUAUACGGAUUAAUAAAAAGGCAUAAAAACGAAUGAAAAUCUUGAAAAAAAAUUCAGUAAAAAAGCUGAACUUUUUAUUUUUCAAGUCUUCCAGGUGCACAGUUUGAACAAAACAAUUCAAGCGAAAGGCGACGAAGUCAAUGGUGCUGUCGCCGGUGUAUCAAAGGUACGGAAAUUCCGUCUAUGCUUCAAAAAAACACCUUGUUCGUGCAACUUACCAUUGAAAAAUUUGAGAAUAUUCUGCAUUGUGCUAAGUUUCAGCAAAAAGAAAUCGUAUUUGGGGAUUAAAAAGUUACUCAUAUCUAGGCUCACAGAACCACUUUUUCAACUUUAAAAUCAAAAUAAUAGAUAAAAAAACAGAACUCAUGAUAAAAAAACUUCGAGUUAGUUUUUUUGAAGAAAAUUAAUAUCAAGAGUUUAGUCCUUGGAGUCAUGUGUCUCUGUCGACUGCAACAACCGUGGAACCUGCCUUGGAACCAAGAGAAACUUUUUAUGCGCCUGCCAACUCGGAUAUUCUGGCAAAACUUGUGAAGAAAGUGAGUAUCUCAACUCGAUCAGUUGAAGCUGAACAGAAAGCUUAUCUUACAAGUCUUUAUUUGGAUAGCUUUCAGAAGCUAUUAGCCGAUUUCAAAAGUUUUAAAAAACGAAAAUUUCAAACAAAAAAUCAGUUAAAUCUUUCAAUGAUGAUCAUACAGUGUUGAGAGUUGCAGCCGUGUGUGACUCGCGACGCGAUUGUAAUGGCCGCGGACUCUGUUUCGGUACGACCAACACCUUGACUUGCCUCUGCAACCUCGGUUUCACCGGUCCCCGUUGUGAAACUCUGAUUUAA